AUGCGCCCGCGUGCUGCUACUUCCCGCACGCGUCUCACCCCCACACGCCGGCGCUGCUCAGCCCGCGCUGCUGCCGGCCGCGGCUCUGCCUGUGCUACUCCAGCCCCUGGCUGCUGGCCCCGCGCCGGCUGCCCCGCACCCGACCGCCGGCUGCAGCGCCCGGCCUGCCGCGACCCCGCCUCCGCCGGGUUCCCGAGCCGCCGGCCUCCGCCCCGCUCCAUUAGUAUCCGGCCUCCGCCUCCUCUGCGCAUCCGGCUAGGGCCGGCUCCGAGUCUCCCACGCCGGCUGCAGCCUUGCCUCUCCGGCCGGCUCCUGCAUCUCCUCCGCCUGUUCUCGCCGUCAGGUUCCCCGGCUAGCUCCUCCUCAGUCCGGCUUCGUCGUCCGCCAGCAGGCCCCCGGCCGCACCUGGCCGCCUUCGUCUCACGCGCACAACGAGCCCCCUCCGUCGCGCCCGGCUCCGGCCGUGCCGCGCUUGCCCGGCCUCUCCAGCAGCCGGCUUCGCCUCCGUCCGGCCCCAAGCACCAUGCCGGCUUCGACUCGGCCUAUCCCGCGCCGUCCGGCCUCGAGCGCCGCGCCGGCUUUGCCUCCGCCCGUGCGCCCGCGGCCGCCGGCUCCCUCCCGCAUCACCCGGCUCUGUCCGCGCGACCGGCUUCACCAGCGCCCGACGGCCGGGUCGCCGCGCCCCUUCGCUCCGCCCUGGCCGCAACCUGGCUCCGGGUGCUCGGCCCACCGUCCGGCUCCCGCGCUGGCUCGCUCGCCGCCCCACCUCCGGGCUCCCGGGUGCGCCUCGGCCGGCUCCCGUUGUUCGUUGCCGCAGCCUGUCGGUGUCGUUCGGGCAGCCGAGAGAAAGAAAAAUAA